AUGUGGUUCAUCAUCCUCAAAGUCCUCCGCUACGGCUUCAAAGCCGCCAAAACGCACAAAGCCAACAAGUCCAACCCGUCCUCCACCUCUCCCAACGACAUCACCCUCUCCAACAUCCCCUCCACCACCACCAACCCCCCCAAACCCCCCCGCAACGCCCUGAAAACCAACCUCGACAAAAUCCUCUUCACCCUCCAAUUCGCCCUCGCCCUAACCGUCAUCGGCCUCUACAGCCAAGACAUCAACAGCAAGGACGAGGACGCCCCCGCCAAAUGGGUCUACGCUGUUAUAACGGCCUUUCUGGCGGCGUGCACAGCGCUCACGUACCUGAUUCUGGUGUUUGCGAUGAAGGCGCGACCGCUGCCGAUGAGGCAGGGGGCGCAUCUGCCGCUGUUUGCGUGGGAGGUCGUGCUUUGUAUACUGUGGCUGGUUGUGUUUGGGGUGUUUGGGGAGAUGUUCAUUGGGGUGAGGUAUGGUGGGGAUGAGGAUUCGGAGAGGGCGAAGAAGUUGGAGAGGAUGAGGAGGGCGGUUUGGGUGGAUUUGGUGAAUUUUGGGUUCUGGGUGGUGUCUGCUGCGUGGAGGGGGGUUAGGUGGUGGAGGGGGAGGGUGAGGGGGGGUGAUGCGCAGAGUGUGUUGGAGGUUGGGGGUGGGGAUGGGGUUGAGAAAGAGGUGGAGCGGGUUUGA